UCAAAGAUUAUUUCUCUAAAUAUUCAAGAUCCUAAGGCAAAAUAUAAUUUUGAAAGGCAUUAUAAAAAAUUUGAGUUAGAUAGUGAAGCACUUUACAUUCCUGCCAUUUAUAAAGAUGGUGAAAUUAAGCAUAAAAGUUAUUAUAAUACAUAUUCUACACUUUCUGAAAAACAUAUUGGUAUUGUACAAGUAGAAGUGCAAGAAUAUAUUAACAGAAGUUCUACAUGUGCUGCUAAUAUUUUUAUUAAAGAAAGAAUAGAUAUUAAACCAGUUAUUUCAAAAACACUGUAG